AUGUCGCCCUUCAGCCGGCUGCAGUGGAAGGCAGGCAGGGUGGUCAACGACGAGUACGGCCCCGAGGGAGAUGCGGCCCCCACCGUGCUCGCAGACAGGCUGAGGAUCAUCCUGGAGCAUCAGUACGGCACCAUCACCGACAGGAUCAACGUCGAGCCCGGGGAGCUGCGGAUGCGCUUGGAGGUCAGCAACGCCAAGGUGCUCAAGCUCCUCCGCCAGCCCCAGCAGGACAUGACGAUUGCCAUUGCCGAGUCGCAGGUGGGCAAGGACGUGCCGCGGAACAUGUACGACUCGCUGCAGCUCAUCAGGCAGAACCAGACGAUCCGGUCCAUCGAGUUCAACAACCUCAAGGACCUCCACGCCUUCCAGUACGCAGUCUUUGGCUUCGAGGUCAUUUUCGACGCGCUGGCGGUCACGUUUGCCAUUGCGCGGCGUCGCAUGGUUGUGCCCAUUCACAAGAAGUGGGAGGCGGGAUACACCAGGAUCCAGGUCAUUAAGCAGGAGGACAAGCAGCUGCAGCUGUUGGCGUUCUUUGAGGACUUUAGCCACGGUCACUGCAUGAAUUUCGUGCUCAAGGGCACUGAUCUGUACGAGGCCUUCCACAGAGGCAGCAAGUCGGGUAUUCGGUUCGUCGAUGCCAAGUUUCCGCUGCCGCGGCUGCCGGCCGACAAGGACGGGGACUACGAUGACAUGGCCUUUGUCUGCCUGGAUCUUCCGGACCUACCGGGCGAGCACGACGACAUCUCCAUCAUGUUUGAGACCGAAGAAGACCGGGACCGUCUCGCUCAAGUUCUUCCAGCCCCCAUCAAGGGUUCUUCGAGAAUCUCACGAAUGAAAUGA